CAAAGACAUCGAUAGUAUACAUCUCCUUGUAGAGAUCCGAGUCAAACCUGGUUAUUUUUUUGUCGACAUCAAGGUAGGAGAGAGCUCGUUUCUUUGUUUUAAAUUUUGAGUCCAGCAAGUCCUAGUCUGUUCAGUGCAAACUUACAGAGGACUUGCGUUUCGCUAAGACUAUCAGUUAUCGUGAAAAUGCCUUAAGGGGCAUGAAACGUAACGUCACAAGCCGUUGGCCCAUGCAAUUGUAAUUGUAUAUAUACUUCGGGAUUAAUCAGAGCAACAUAUAUUCUGUUAGUCUAAACGCAUGAAAAUAUUCAAAAGCCAAACUUCUUCUUAGAGCUGCAUUUUUGUUUUCACAGUGACUACUUUUCAGAUUGAUAUCCUGUGUGGUUUAAGAUUACACUAUGAAGCUGUUUGUGACUUUCACAGUUAUUGUAAUAUUCCUGGUUGCUGAUCACGUGGCACCCAAGCCUGAAGGUAACUUAAUUUGUUUUUCGUCAUUUGCUCAUGGUUUAUACACCAGUCACUUGUUUUAACAUUUGUUUUUCGAUGUCUGUAUUCCGUGAAGGAUUUGAUAUUCAUUUUCCAGGGGGUACAUUCUGGGAGUUGUAGUGUGAUUUCAAUCUCGCUGAUCUUAGAUGCCUUAGCGUGUAAAUCACGGAGAUAUAUAAAAUAUUUAGAAAGAAUGGACUGAUGCGUUACAAAGUGAGAGCCUUACCACUCUAUGCCAUUUUAAUCGAUCCGUCAAAGACUCUAAGCUACACUAAGGUAAGUCGAAGAAAAAAGGACCGCGGUGUCCCCUUACUCUCCCUCCCCCUCCCCCAUCCCUCCCACCCAUCCCUCACCCUCCCCCAUCCCUCCCACCCAUCCCUCACCUCCCCCUCCCCCAUCCCUCCCACCCAUCCCUCACCCCCUCUUCUUCAACCUUUUCACUUUAAUUAGGCUGAGUCUGCCAAAAAAAGUGUUGGACUUUUCACAGCCUUGUUAAUCUUCACGAUACAAGCGACUUUAAUUAAGUUGUAAACAAAGACUUAACUGUCCUCAGGAGAGCUAAGAGGUAUUUUAAGAAAAAAUCAUGAAAUCGGUACUUUUUAUCUCUGUUUUUUAGUUGCACAGGAACCCAAUGAUAAGUGCAUAUCUGGAUAUGACUUAAGAUACUGUGCGACAAUGUGUAGGGGUGACUGCUCGGGCAGUCCCCACUAUGCCUGUGCUGAUGGUCAGUUGUGCUGUAGCUGCCCGAUGUGAAGUAAGUUAAAAUCCUCGGCUCACCCAAACUCGUACAGUUACAGGAUAUGCUUAGUGGGCAAAGCAGUUCUCUACCUCAUGGCCACAAUUAAAGGAUAUCUCACUGGCCAUGUUUAAUAUCUACCAACGAUUUGAUUGGCUGUUGUGAUACUUUUGGUUCUGAUCAAGCUGGGCAGGUGUUCAUGGCGCGUGCUCAUUAUGGUGAAAUUUCUCUAGGGUUAAGAUUUUUUAACCCGGUAGGUUUUCACUAUUUUCAUUUUUUUUCCUUCUGUGCAAUGGAUAUCAUAACCUAGAAUAUAAUUAAGAACAAAUUACGCUAGUUUCAAAAUCGAGCCUGUAAAGCUGAGCAAUCCAGAAAAGAAGGUUGCUAAAAGCAUUGACACCUUUGGUCUAGUUUAUUUUUAUUUGUCUAUAUUUUUAACUCGGUUUUUUUCUUUCUUACAGCAUUGGUUUGGGUUUUAAAGGUGUUUUGGAAGUUGCUAACAACGACUGGAAUCUCUUGUUAUAGAUAUCAAACGCUCAUUAAUAUAUUUAAAUUUUCUGUAAGUCCUAUUAAAAAAUAGAGGGAAAGAUAGUCGAAGUCAAAUGUAAAAUGUUCCUUGGCUUGUGUCGUUAUAAACGCGGCACUAAAUCUUUGUUCUGUUACAAUGACCCAUAAUAGCUCUGAAAUAAAUAAAGUACUCCAACCCUGUCCUAUAUCAAUAUUCUUUAAACUUUCCUCUUCUCGACAGGAAGGUCAUUCAGUUUAAAAUGUAUAAAAAUGAUCCAGUCUCAGGCCGCGUAAAAUUGUCUCAAGCGAGUCAGGUUAUACUCGCUCUAUUUACGUUACGAGAACGUUUGAUUAUUUGUGUAUAUAUAGUUACGUUGUCAUGAUAAAUAUUAAUGACAUUAGACGAUACAGUUCAGUUCAUGAUAGGGCCCAGUGAACUCAGUGCUUCUUAAAGAGCGAACAGCUUCGAUUUUCUAUUCAGGAAUAAAAUUCAACAAGAAAUCUCCAUAACAUUCAGGGACAGAAUUGUAAAAAAAUGAGAGUGCACCCGACAUUUGGGCAUAACCUUGGAUUGUAAAUCACAGGCAAAUAUAUCAUUUCGCUAUUCUGAAUGGACUGAAACUGUAUUAAGACUUUUAAGUGACAAGAAUUUCACUCCAACAACAAAGAACAAAAGCUCUACAUGACAUCUUUCCUCCAGAUCGAGAUACUCAUCAUCGCAUGAAAACUGUUUUAUAAUGGUAAUUGAACUGAGUGGAGUGCAAUUUGUAUAGGUAAUCACAUGAUUUCGAGUGCAAUUUGGAAUAAAUAAGCACGAGUAAAUUUUUUCAAAGACUAACAAAAUUGCAAUUUGCAAUUUGUGGUCUUUGAAAAAAUUAACAAGUGCUUGUUUAUUCCAAAUUGCACGAGAAAAAUCAUGUGAUUACGUGUUAAUAAUAUACAUGGAAAAAUACGAGAUGGUCUAUCAUAAUUAAACAUAAGCAAAGCGCGCGCAUCAAGUGCAAAAAAUAAUUUAUUCAAACCGUGUGUUCGGUCAAAACAACUGCAUACGAUCAAAACAAUAAUAUGCAAUGAUAUCUUCACAUCUUUAAGGUGCAAAAAAGUUCAAAGUCCGGCUAAACAGUUCAAGGAAUUGUUCAGUCUGUGUCCAAAUCACUUUCGAUGAAAUGGAAUCGUCGUUUCCGAGGUUUAACCAUGUUUGUUUUAAAUUUCGGCGUUGGAUCGCUCGAGCAAAGUGUUAAGCUGGGUCGGCUCGUAAUUUUCGAUUUCCUUGGCAAUUCCCUUCUCUAAACACAACUUUUUCCAAACGGACAACCAAAAAGCAGUGCUUUUUACAAUGUUUUCGUUGUUUAAGCUGAUUUUCAGCUGCGGUGGCGAAAGAAAACCUACUUAAAACGCCGGCCAUUGUUUCGCUCGCAAAUUUUCAAAUUUUGUUGCGACAUCCAAGGCUCGCAUUUGAUUGGCUAUCUGCGAGUUUCUUUGAUUAUUGACCAAUCAGAAUGUCUGAUUUGUAUUUUCUUUGCACUGAAUUAACCCUCUUCUGCACUGAAUUAACUCUCUUGUGCACUGAAUUACCUGUAAACUGCAUUUGUUAUACCAAUCAAAACUGAGUAAUUUUUCCAUGUAGAUUAUUAGGGCUAAAAUCAUACGCGUGAUUUCAAAAUCGAAUGAGCGCGCAGCGCGAGUUCGAUUUGAAAUCACAAGUAUGAUUUCAGACCAAAAUUACACGACACGAGGUUCAAUUACCACUUUAUUACAUCCAUUUUGAAAUCGCCCAAAUACAGGACUUGGUCAGUACAAACAUUUUAUUGAUGCAGUACUGAGCCGGUCUGAAAAUUCAUCCAUCUCUUGGGAGGAAAAAGUAAGAGUUUUGGAAACAAAAGUUGCAACAUUUGCCACAUGAUACUCUUUGUCUUUCGUUUUUCUGCAAUUUGAUCGGUUACUUUAAACAAGCCUUGAAAUCUGAUUGGUCGUUGUAUUUUCAGUGUAGUCUCCUCAUUGCCUGGGAAAAUGAUGCGAUUUAAAUAAAAAAAAUAGUGCGAUUCGUGGAUAAAUUACAUCAAUUAAAGCCAAUCAGAUUACAGGGACCACCAGAUAUUUCAAAAUGAGUGUAAUAAAUCACAUAAACUGCGGUGUUAUACAAGGAUUUCCGGCCCUGAGAAAAGCCGUAACAACUCGCGUAAAAAAAUAUCGUAUUUUUCCACGUGUGUUGAUAUAGCCAAUCAGCUGCUUAUACGUCACUCGCCUUUGGCGCCACUCGGUCAGGUUGAUGAAUGAACGGCAAAGCCUUCACGACUCUCAAUACAAGUUGUUUGUCGGAGUUUUCUCAAGUUAUGGCGGCUAAAACACUAAAAAAUCCGUAUCGCUUGCAGACAAUGAGGUUCAAACUUUCCUAGAAGGGAAGAAAACCAAUAUACUAAAAGAAAAACCGAAAGUUGCGUAUUCAGUGGCUUUGCUGUUUUUCUCUCGUCUGAGAAUGAAAAUCGACAACUGGAAGAUUUGCUACUAGCCGACUUUGGCCGUUUACCUGAAAGACUUCUUCUGUCGGUAAAAACAAAUUCAGUAAAUGAGAAUUUUGUAAACUGAAAAUUACGACCAUUGUUGUUUUGUAAUCAUGAUUCAACGCAUUUUUCCAUCUUAAGAGUCAGCGCCAACGCACUAUACGAUUAUUAUUCGAGGAUUGCCGAUUCAUUUAUUUUCAUUCAUUAAUAAAGUCGGGUUUUCUUCCCAAUAAAGGGCUAUUGUGUUUAUAUGAUAAACAAAAUAAUACAUGGUUGCUUGUAGAUAUGGAAUUUCUCUUCUCGUGUUCAACUCGACAUCCCACUCUUUCGCUGCGCUCACUCGUGAGCUAUCGUGUUAAACACUCGAAGAGAAAAUCCAUAUCUAUGCGCCCAUGUAUUAUUCUCUAUUUCAACUGCGUUUGAAGAAACAUUGAAGAGCACGAAAACGUUGUGCAAUAAAAUGGCUUUGUCUUUUUUAUUGGAACUGAGCAGAUUUCCCCCCUGUAUUGACCUUUGAUCAAGAUGUAAACAAACAAACCCGAAAAUGAAAUCAGAGUGUGUUUACCAUUUUCCUAUAAAAGUUCAGGCGUCUAAAUUAGAUAUUAAAAAAAAAAAUUAUUACUCACAUAGCAUACUUGUAAUUUCGCCGUAUUGACCCGUUGUGUUAAUUAAAAAAGACCGUGAUUGUUUAAUGAGGAGUAAGAUCAAAGGUGCCCGAAUUCCACGCUCCGAUGUUCCACCACAGAGUUAGUAAUCUCUUGGAGAGCUGGGUCAUUUUAAAGUUCGUUAGUGAUACGCCUCAUGAAUACAGCAAAGAUCCGCAAUGUCGGAGGUGUCAUACAAUUGAAUAGAAUAAAAAAAGUUGAGGAAUGAACUAGAGUCAUGAGAAAGAUGUUACUUGUCUUGUGAUGAGCGUAGGACAAAAGAAAAAUCUGAGUUCCCCCCGGCCACGAGGAAUAAAUUUCAGCCAUGUUAUUUAAGUUUGGGAAGAGGCGGGAGAAUCUGAAGCCCUAUAAGGAUUUGAAUCUUGGUCUGUUCUGCUUUUACUGAGGGAUGUUCUAUCAGUUAAGCCGAGGAGAACUUGGCCUAAAUACUUGGCCCAUACACUUGGCCUAGAUACUUGGCCUUUAUAGCGGAGCUCGCAGCGCACGCGAAGCGCUCUAUCGUGCAGUGAAGCCCCAUACUAAAAAAAAUAGUGGUAACCCAUCAAGCCGAGAAAAUUUGAUAGCAUAUGAGCAAGUGUAUGUUUCAAUCUACAUUCAGAUUGUCCUCUGUGAAUGACACAAACGUGAGAAUGAAUUUUCUUGUCAUUUUAAAGUGCCAGAAGAUCGCUACCUUUAAUUACUUUUUAUCGUUCCAACUAAGAAUCUAAUAAAAUAGUUUUGGCAACCUAUUUUAACAGUCUAAAAGCUGUUUAAACCAUGACACUCAUUUUCAAAAAUAAAAGUUUUCCAAAUUAGCAUCAUUAUACAAAAGGGCGUCGGAAUCAGUUUUGCAGAGAUCGCUGAAACAAGGCAGACGUGAAGAAUGUUCACUUCUGUUGGUGUUAUUGUAUUGCUUUAUAGCACAGGUAAUGUGGAUUUUUCACAUUUUGCUUUUGCAGUUUUUACCAUCACUCUAAUUUGCGAACAUUGAUUUUAACAUUACAUAUAUCUUGUUCCUCAGGGCUUCUUACCAGCGCUGAAGGUACGUAAUUUAAUUUCAGUAAUUCAACUCCGAAAAAAUAUACUAUGCAAAUUAAUAUUUGUUAGCCAAAAUUUUUCUCCAAAUGCCUACAAUUGUCUUUCCCAGGUCACUUUCAACACUCCACUUAAAAAUUAAAGUGUUCUUAUUUGAGAUGCUUUUGUAUCAGAAUAACACCUAAUUUUUUUAAGCGAGUAUCAUAGCUUUAUCCCAUCUUUUUCAGCAACCUGUGGAAUUCGCCCGCAAACAAGAAUCAUCAGUGGUUAUAAUGCAGCCCCUAAUUCAUGGCCUUGGAUGGUUCAAAUUAAUUAUCUUCGCGGCCAUCAUUGUGGAGGUGCCCUAGUUAGCCCACAGUGGAUCGUAACAGCGGCCCAUUGCGUGGAUCAUGCGAAGAAACCUCAGAAUUACAGGGAUUUUCGGAUAACUCUCGGCGAACACCGAAGGAGCACACGAGAGGGUUAUGAACAAGUGUUCGAUGUGGCGAAUAUCGUGGUACACCCACGUUAUAAUAAGCCUUCGAUUGUGAACAAUGAUAUUGGUAAGGCCAAAUAGAUAAGUAUUCAGUAAUUCAAGGUUACUGAUUGAUAACUGUCGUAAGAGGCUGAUACCAUUGCAAGUCACGCUCUAAAAACGAACAAAGAACAAUGAAAUACAGUGUAUGGGAAUUGGACCGAACGGGAAAGUGAUAGAUUGACUCGGUGUUUAGCAGCGUGCAAUUACUGAAAGUAAGAACAUUCAAGUGAAGAAAUAGGAACUAAAUGAUUACGAAAAAUAAACAAACGAGUUUUGGAGCAAGAGAACAUCAAUUGAUUUUCUUUUGUUUUGGAGUAGAUAACCCGAUCCUUUUACACUAAGAUCAUCUUACAGUUUCGUUAGAGUAUUUCCAUGGAACUCUUCGAGCUCCAUGAGAAACCAAUAAUCCUAUCCCAGAACUAAAAUUGCUUAAGUCAAUAGACAUCGGCGAAGUUAACAUAAGAUUCAGCGAAGGUCUUUCAAAGCUGUGAAUUAGGAGAAUCUUGUUUUAAGAUUGAAACCCAGAAAAUACCAGGUUAAACCGGAUACCUCAACAAGGCUAUCAAUAACAAUGAGAUUUACAUUGUUUCUAUCUUUUCCGGCUCAAUCAGCAUUAAUAAGACUGAACCGUCCCGCUGUACUGAAUGAACAAGUCAGCUUGAUCUGCCUUCCUAAUCAAGGCUAUAACAUCCCGGCUAGAAAAAGAUGUUAUGCCACAGGUAAUUAUUUACAGGAGUGGAGCGAGUGGAUUUUAUUAAUUUCUUCCAAGUGAUUCCAAUUGCAGUAAUUCUUCAUUAUCAAAGAAAAUGACGUUAAGAAAAAGUUCAGAAUUGGAUGUUCUCAGUGUUGGUAUCCUUAUGGUCAAAGGCGAGAAAAUAGAGCAAUUUUAACCCCUUGCUGACAAACGCUUCCGACGUGUUAUCCUGAUUGACCAGCUCUUUCAAUUCGUAAAGGAAUGAAACAUGGUUUUACAGCUUGUUCGGUAUCUCUCCCCCCCUCCCCGUUUUCUCACAGCCAAAUCGUUUCAAAUAGAGAAGUGAAAGUUAAUCACGAAAACUUUGUUCAACUCCUUAGAAUAAACUGUGAGAAGAAAAGUCUUACUUUUGAUUGGUAACCGUUGAUCACCCCUUGUUAUCAUGAUGUUAAAAUUGAAAAGUACCUUUUAUCAGAAAUGUUAGGGUCCUGGGACAUUUUGAAAGCUGUUCCAUUGUUUUUCUUGUUUGUGUGUUUGUUCACCCGAGGUUGGGGCUUGACAAUUCCCGAGGACUGGUCCAGUCAAGCAGAUAUCCUCAAACAGGCCAUGCUCCCUACAGUGAGCCAGUCAGAAUGUGAGAGAGAUAACAAAGACGCUGGUAUCCCUGUGACAGACGCCAUGUUCUGUACAGGUCAUGGUGGCUCUAGUCCCAUCAGCACAUGCAACACUGACAGUGGUGGACCAAUUGUAUGUAAGGAUUGGACCGGCAGAUGGUACCUACAGGGUGUGGUCAGUUGGGGUACAGGUGGUUGUCAUCCGGGACAUUACUCUGUCAAUGCCAGAGUGAGCAAGUACAGAAACUGGAUUGAAAGUUAUACUAUGGGCUAGGUUUGUAAAGUAUUAUUUUAGUCGCUGGCAUCCGUAACACGUUCCUUUUUAAGAUCAGUUGUAGUUCACACGAAGAUAUUCUUCUUUCCCAAACGUUCAUUUUUCAUGAUAUUAACUGUGGAUUCUGAAACCUGAUCACCAUCAUUCUUAACGGAAACGAAUCUUCAACUACAUGUACCACAAAAAUUUCCGUUACAACGCAAAAGCAUUGAUGAAUUUACGCGUGCGGUAGGCAUGCUAGUAACAUGAAUCACACCUCAGUGGUAGAGCAUGCGUAAAAACUGUUGGAAGGGCACAGGUUUUACUCUUGGAAAGGGUUCUGGAAAUGUCUCUACCAAGCAGGCCUAUAUCGCCAAUGUAAUAUUGAUAAUCUAAAAAAGAAGAGUGAAGUGUGUGAAAGUGUGAGAGAUAAGAGUUAUAGUUGACGACUUAUCUAAUGCUCCUUUAUCUUCUUGUUAGAUUUCCGGCUGAAGCUCGAAGAAUUAAGUGAUGCUAAGAAUAAGAGAGCCAACUUCUUUGGUGUUGAAAAGGAAGAUUGGUUUUUCCUUAUAAAUAAAAUUGAAAUACCAAUUCUUGUGUUUGUGUUCUUUCUUGGGUUCUUUCUCCUGUUUUGUUUUUGUUUGUUUUUCUUGUUGAAUUGUAUUUAUACUCAUGGUAUGGCAAUUAGAUAAAAAUAAUACAAAUUGCGAGCCACUUUCAGCAAAUUUGACAGAUGUUCUAUAGACAUUAUAUUAAUUACAUCUACAUAAAAUACAUAAUUAGUUUAUCUUGAGGCCAAAUGAAAGAUCCUCUUCGGUUAAUGAAUAACCUGUUUUUGGCUUCAGUCAGUUGUGCACACGUUAUUAACCUUCGACUCUAUCACUCAAUUAAUCAGUCGUCAACCGAUCCAAGAGGAAAUUACGCUUGAAAAAAUCAGUUUCUAUUGAUAUUAAUCAUUUUGCCGAUGAUCCCAUCGGCCGUGUAAAAAGAGAGUUAUUGUAAUCUCAACUGUUGCUCAACUAAGUUUAACUGAAACAGAUCAAUCAGACAAAUUUUCUACCUUAUCAUAGAUCUGAAUGUUGAGGAAACAGCGAAGGCUUUCUUAGCUACGUUCCAUAUUGAAACGCACACAGACUCAUACAAAAUUGAUGCCAGCUUUUACUGCUACAGUUAUUAUCAGUGAUAGUGUUUUCGUCGAACUGAUUCUGGGGCAAAUUUUCGUUGGAGUGGUAUUCUAAACUCAUUAUCUGAUUAAAGAAAAGCGCUGUUUUUAGACAAAAUAGCACUGAAACGUUGGACUUCACUAUCAGCUCACUGAUUGCAAUUUCAGUUUCCUUUACCAUUAGACCUUACACAAGGUUAAUGUAGAUUUAAAGCCUUCCUUACCAAUCAAAUAAACAAUUCUGGACACUGUUCGUAUAACAAAGAUAUGCAAGAUUAGAGAAAAUUGGAACCAGCCAGCUGUUAAGGUUAAAGGCACUCUCGAGUUUUUUGACCUUACCUGCCUUGAGCGUAAACAAAAUAUGAAGUAAUAGGCUUUGAGGACGUUCACUUUGUUUGCCUUUAUCUGUUGCUCGACAAUUUUAGGUGUUUUGUUUAAAUUUUCUUUGAAGCGGGCAAGAAAUAGUUUUGCUAAAACACCAACCAGGUAGAUUUAGGGUACCAAAGGUUCUCCCGAUGAUAAAUUCGUAAUACACUGUGGUCUCUCGUCAACUUCAAAUGGUAAGUAGCUUGUAUUUGAAAAGGUUCCCUAAGAUAUUACAAAAAAUUUUAUUGUAAACCAUGCUUUAUGACCCUUUUUUCUUUGCAGUAAGGCUAUCAUGAUGCGUCAACUGAAGAUUAUCUGUGCCAUUAUAAUUUUUAUUUUUGGUGAGUUUAUCGAAAACGUUAAUAUCGAAAAUAGAUGGAAUAAUAAUUUUGUUAUUUCAACUUUCUUUAGCAAUAAUGAUUUGAAUUUUUUCAAUGUCUUAAAGCAGCUUUCCCUCUUUAUUUUUUAAUUAAUUUCGAUCUUCGUUUUCCCAUAACAGCUCAAGAAACGUUCACAAAGUCCCUAAGGAAGAAGCACAACAAAAAGGAGUCCAUUCCGAAACAAAGAUCACACUACUUGUUACUUAUGGGAAGCCCCGUAGAGGAUGUUCAACACCACAAGGGACUAGGGAUGAUCCUUUCCUCUAAGCAAGGCGAGCCAGAAAAGCAUAAGGACGAUCCAAAUAAGGAAGACCUUCAUCAUUAUAACAAACAGAAAGCAGGCCUUGCAGCAACUCUGCAAUCGUCUUUGAAGGGAUCCCCUUCUGAUCGUGGAUAUAGCUACACCGAGGCACUGUUCACAGGAGCUCCUCUGUUAAACGGAGUCCCAUUUACCGAGUCGGGUAAGACCCAAACAUCUCAAAGAGGGAGCAGCACUGAACAUACAGGGAAAGUAAACAACAAGCCUGUCAAUAGCUAUGAGAGUCAAGCUUCUGCAAAGCUAAAUGUCGAUCUGAACGGCAAUAACGAAGGAGAAGGAAAUGACCACGUGCUAAAAGAAUAUCACGCAGGACACGGCAUCUGGGGAUUUGCUGCUCAUGAUAUAGCAAAGGAGAGCCAUCUAUCUAGCGAUAGGGGAAAGGGUGUUCAUGCAAAUGAGAAGGGCGAACAACAUCAAUUUCUGAAACCACGACCCUCUUUUGAUGUGUUACCAUCUAAAAUAGAUAAUAAAGUCCCAGAACCCACAAAACACACAAAAAUUGAUCAAACGGUAGACACCUCUUCACAAAUCGUAAAACUUAAGGGAAGUCCUUCCUCUGUCGACCGAUCGUCUUCUAAUCCAACGAAGAGUUACCAAUAUGAACGCGAACGACCUGGCAAAACGGGAGUGAAUGAUCACCCCGUGGAGCGAGUGCACCAAAUCUUAGUGACAGGGGAGACCCAGGAGAAUUUUCCGCCCGAUGCUUUAAAAAGCAAUCCAUCUGUUGAGGAGAUAACAGUGAACAACAAAAUACCUGAUAAAACCUAUAUCAAAGCGUAUGAUGAAGAAUCACACCUGUUAGGGUCUAGUGUUUUACACAACGGACGGCAAGGAAACCACGAUGUAGAAGGACACCGCGGAUAUAACCCAAACGCAAUUACUGGAUCUUCUGAGUACUGGAGGACGCAUGACAAACAAACAGAAUAUUCUUCGCACAACACUCUUACGGAACCAUCGCUGAGUGGUGUGGAGCGUCUCGAAAAGGAGACAGGUGCAGUUCCUUUAGAGGAAUCAAGAAAUGUUUUGUCAAACAGUUUCAAGAUUAAUGAAGGAAUUUCUCAAGCUGAAAAUACACCCCCACAACAACACCCAAGAUAUCAUCAGCACAGUCACAAUUAUGGCCAGCACAUUGCGUCUCACUUAAAAGAUGGAAGUGAAUCUGAUAACAAAGAAUAUCACAAUGCUUAUAAGGUCAGAAAAACACCUUACUUAAAAUCAAAUGAUUCCUUCACAAUGCAUAUAGAGGGUUCAACAUCAAGCCAAGGAUCUCCUGGAUUUGGAAGCUUGGUUAAUCAACUUCGGCCGCAUAAGAUAAUCGAAAGCGCAUUUGACGAAGAACUCACUCACAGGAUAGUUAUGGGGCCAUCAGAUGAGCAAACUGGCCAUUCGCUUCUUAGGAAACCAUCACCUGAAAAACAAACCAAUGACAUACCAUUGCAGUCUGGUGCGCAUGCUAUAUUUUCCAAUGGAGACUCAGAGGAAGGCGAAACAACACCUUCCUUGCCAUAUCGUGAAGGACGCAAUCCAGCUUCUCAAAGUCAAGAAAACGAUAAAUUACCAGAAGCCGAAAAUCAACAGUCACCAACCUCCUCUGAGACUGUUACAGAUAAAUCACUUAACAAUGUCCAAAAUGAAGAGGAAUCACUACACGCCACACCAAAUCGCCCGUUCUCAGGGAUUGCAGUCGAUCAAAGACCAAAACAAGAUGAACCAUUUACCAACGAUGCAAGCUCACAAAAGGAGAAGGAGAGCACAGAAGAAUCAAAGACUGCUGCUAAACAGGAACCUGAUGCUAACUAUGGAUCUAGUAAAAUUUUGUACAGAGAAGGAGGGCAACCAUUAGUUCAAAAUGAAGACACAGAGACAAUGCCACCAAUUUCAAAGGGAGAGGAAAAUCAUGCGGCAACUAGUAAUCUGGAGCAUGAGAUGCUAUCAAAAGACCAAGGCCAGCCGUCGGCUGAGACAUUGCCAACUGACAUUAAUGAGGCCGAAGCAACAAACCAAAAGGAAACAUCGCAUUACCAACUUUCAGGGAAAGCUGUGGACACGACCACUAAUUAUGAAAAUACAGGCGCUAAUAGCGAAGAAACACAGAAAAAACCCGAUGAACAUACGGACACUUUACAAAGUGGUAGUGUUACACGUGAUCCUGGUUCAAAUAACAAACCUAACGACCACUCGUAUAGUUCGCAACAAAGAAUAUCAAACGAACAGGAAUACUACAAAGAAAUUCAUGGGCCUCCCCAACAUGGUGGGGGUGUUCACCUGAAAAACUUUGGUCAUAUAGACUCAAGAGACCAGUCAGUCGAUGCAUCUUCACCCACAGAUGAAAAAAGUGAUAAUUUAUCCCGUUAUAGCCACCAUGAGAACGUUGGGCAUCAAGAUAGAUACACUGAAGAAUCUUCAGCAAAUCCAGUCCCUGAUAAAGAAUCCAUUCAAGGAACGCAGCGAUUGGAGUCCCCACCAAGCGGUAACGAACGAGAACCUGGAGUGAAUUCUGAAAUAAGUGACAACUCAAAUUUUUCAGAGAACGUGCCUAGCCGAGUUGAAACAAAUGAAGACAACUCUCUUUCACCCACAAACAUCGAAACACAAAAGCAAGAAACUUUUGGCAACAGUAAUAUUGACUUUGCAAAUGGACAAGCGCAGCAACCAGAAGAAUCAAUAUCACCAGCUAGAGUAGAACUUUCAAGGGGCAGCUACACAGAAACCCUAACAGACCAACAGACAUCACAUGAGCCAGAACAUGAAGAAUCUUUCUCCCAAGGUUUCUCCGAACAGGAAGGAGAAAAAAGCACAAACCCUGUGGUUAUAGGCUCUGAAAACGAGACUGUAGGUACUAAUGGAGAAACUGACAGCUCCAUAAACUCAUUAGAUCAAAAUGCACUACAUGAUAAGCAAUUUCAAAUAAAAGUUGGGAACCCAGAGGAGGGUGGUGAGAUUCCUAAGGCAGACCAAUCUAAAGAAGUUGACGAGGGAAAAGUGCUGAUGCCGUUUUAUGGCGCUAAAACCCACAAUCAGAGGACCUCUCAUGAGAUCCAAAACAACAAGUCGAAGGGAAGUGAACAGGAAAAUGGGAAUCAGAGGAUAGUGUACUUCUUGAAAAUGGCAAAAGGUAUUCCACUUUUAAACAGUAGAAAAGUAGCCCACUAUCCGGAAAUAAAUAGUGCUGGAAAUAAUGGGCAGGCAGAACAUUCUUCGAGCAAAGUAAUGAAGGAAGACCAUAGAAUAGAGAGUACUCCAGAAACGGACGUUGAUGUGAAUGGAGGAAGAAGAUAUCCUUGGAGAUGGCAAAAAAAGCCAAGCCGUCGCCCAAGUUCUCAAACAUCUUUGGGACAGAGACCUUGGCCAGGUUCUAGGCAACGUCCCCAACCUGAAUCGUACCCUAGCCCCAGCCCCAGCCCCAGCCCCAGCCCCAGCCCCAGCCCCAGCCCACCGAGUGGAGGUGGCGGCGCCCUUGGUGGCAGCAGUGUUGAUUCUAACGAGCCACAGCGUAAGCAUUAACUUUAAUUAUGACGUUGAGAAAAUCGGAUUAAAAAACUUAUUUAAAAACUGAAAGAGGGAAAUUCUCUUAAGAUAGCUUGAAAUCUAUGUCAUAUCUGGCUGGGCAAGGAUGAAAGCCGUCCAAACUUUGAUUUUUGCAAAUAAUGAUAAAAAGAUAGUAGAUAGGAAAGAUGAAAAGAGACAAAAACGGAGAAUUUAUUUGUAAUUUCUAUUCACAGCUGAUUCAGAGUUUGAGCAAGAAGCGUUGAAUACGCAUAAUAAAUAUCGAAAGGUACAUGGAGUCGAAGAGAUGACCUUGGAUCGAGAUCUCAGUAACCAAGCUAAGGCGUAUGCCCAAAUAAUUGCAAACAUGGGUCAGUUGCUGCACUCAUCUUCUGGAGAAAGAGGAAAUGUGGGGGAGAACUUGGCCUACGCCUGUGCGUCAAACGGUACCCCGCUGACUGGAGAAUCUGCGACCAAAAUGUGGUAAGUGAUCACACUGAAAGCACAACAAGCGAAAACUGGAUUUUCAACUCGUGCGAGAGGUUAUUUAUUAAUCGUUUUUGAGAGGGUAAGCUAAAGCUUAAAUGGUACUGGUAUCGUUUUAAAAGCCUUUUAAAUGUAUAUGCUACAAGAGCAAUGGUGAUUGCUUUUAAGUCGAAUGAUACUCCCUUUAACGUGAUAAUUUGUUGUGUGCUGUACAGGUACGAUGAAGUAUGCAAACCUGGCUACAACUUUGUUUCGGGAGGAUUCAGCUCUGGAACAGGUCACUUCACUCAGGUGGUAUGGAAGGACAGCGUUAAGCUUGGAAUCGGACAAGGAAAGGCCACCCAGAAUGGAAUGCAAUGCAUCUACGUGGUUGGUCGUUAUGACAUCGCGGGUAACAUGAUGGGAGAAUUUCAGGAUCAAGUGAUGAGAGGAAACUUUAACGAAGGAUAUUGUAAUAAUGUAUAAAAGUGGCCUCUAAGAGGUUUGAACAAGCAGGAGCUUGGAAAAAGAACUGAUUACACCGUGGAGGUUUAAAUGGAAUUCUUCUGCAGAUUUUUUCCUUUCCUGCCCUAAGUAUAAAACACUGACCAAAAACUUGAAUGAGAAGUAUCGUGGUAGGCAUGGCGGUAGCUUGAAAGCGCUUUUCGAAAUUUCGUUACUCUUGAUCCCCGCCAUGUGCUUCAUAAGCAUAAAGCAUGAAAUUUAGAUUUCUUUUCCUCUGAAUAACAGAUACGUGUUUCUCUGUUUGUUUUUAUGCGUACUUUAAAGCACCGGCAAUGAAACAUUCAUUUAGUUUUGAAUAUUCUACGAGUGUGUUAAGAGUCCUCUAAACGAGAAAAAGCUUAAAAAUAAGAAAUAGAGGAGUUAUGUUUAUAGAUAAAUAAACGAUGGAUGUAAGCGAAGUCUUUAUUUUUUGAAAAUCAUUCAGUACCAAAGGUUGAAGUUUCCACUUUCUUCCUAAUGUACUAAGCCAAGUGUUGACAGUUUGCGAUAAAAUUUUGCCAUCAUUGUCCUCUACUCGUCACGUAAAAUUUAAUGGUUCGGUAGACCUGAACUCGAUCUCCUUCUUCAGCGUUUAAAAUCAAUUCUUACCGAAGAUUGAACGGUCCACUACCCUCCUUUGUCUCUUCUUUCCUAAUGGACCAGGUAUGCUGUUAGUUUGGCACUGGUCUGUUACACUGCUUUGCUCUAUGCUUGGCCUACACUGUAGGUCUGCAUUUGAAUGUUGGCUACUGAAGGAAGAAACAAGUUACGAUCAAGGCUUUUAAUCAUUUAGUUAUAAUCAAGGAAUAGGCAACGAGGAUAGAUCUAUUCCUUUUUAUCAAGUUAGUAUAAUGUUGAAAAUUGUUAUUUAGGAUUUUUCUCUUUCAAACUGCACGCCGCACCCGAUAAAAUACAAAUUUUUCUUUCUUUGACGAAAAAAGAUCGCUUUCAUACGUCAGUUAGUAACAUUUAAUGCAUGCUUUUUAGCCUUAUGAAAUCUUAUUUCCUAGUUUUCUAAAUAUUUUGGGUGUAGACAUAACGAAAGCAAAUAAUCCCUUAAGUUCUUUCAUUAUUAUCUAAUGACUUCAUACUUUUAGAAACUUUCUGUUGAAUGUUAUUUGUUGUCAAUGCGUUUUUAUCACUAAUUCCUGACACCUCGACCGGUACCGUCGGUAAAGUCAUUAACCCUUUUACUCCCACGAUUUCAUCAGGAAUUCUCCUUACUAUCUGUCACAAAAUUCUUAUGAUGUUAGUUUAGAAAAUUUGGUAUUGGGUCAACUUGUAUUCUCCUAAUUGAUAUUUCUCUUCGUUGUCAAUCACUUAUCUGCUUGAAAUUGUAUGGAUAUUGUUGGUCACUCAUGGGAGUUAAAGGGUUAAGGUAAUUACAUGAAGAUCAGGGGACCAAUGAUUGUAAGAUCCACUGGAGUAAGAUAAUUCAAGACUGAAAACAGGGUUAUCACUAAGAUAUCAAAUAGUUUGUUCUAUUUGGGCGUCUCUGGUUUAAACCCCAAAAGCACACUCUUUAAAACGGUAUAAAAGAGAACCGGUUUGUGCGCUGCAAGGUUAGUAUCCUAAGACUUUUUGUUUGAACGAUACUUUCUCCAACUAAACCCAAAUUUCACACACUAAAUAAAUCUUGGAUUCGCUUUCAUUUGGAAUGGUUUUCGGGUCCACUUCUUGACCCAAUCGAAUCAAAUCGAUGGGGAGAAGCUCUCGCAGAGUUUGUUAAGAAAAAAAGGUGAAUUAGGAGGCGAGAAGGAUUGAACGAGUGUUACAUCAGAGGCAACGGGGGAAAUUUUAGUUUGCAUAGCGACUUCCAGGCUGGAGUUACAAGAGUAAGGCUCAUUUCUGCACAGCAGGUUUUAUUUCAAAUCUUAAAAUUACCCCAAAGGAAAAAAAAAGGAAAAAUGGAGAAGAAUUCAUGCGUUGAAAAGUCCUUGACAUACCAGCAUUUCGGUGACCAGCACAUGAGGUAAUUUUUUUUCAGUCAUGCUGUCAAUAAGUAUAUUUCCCGGUCAAUACAUAUUUCAUGGUGUUGUUUCCACAGACGAGUAACUUUUGGAAAGAAAUAUUGGAAAAAUACAAGGCAAAGGGAAACUGAUCCGUCUUUUUCAUCCGUGAAUCUUAAUCUAAACGGGACGUUGUUCACUUUGUGACCAGGAUAGGUUGGUAGCAUCCUUCUUGCUUUCAUUAUUACGAUAUGACUAUUUCCGAUUUUUCAUAUUAUUAUUACGGAAUCAAAAAAUUAUAAGUUCUUUGGGAAUUUGGAUUGUGGUUCGCUAUUUCUCUCUCUCUUUUUGGUCUCAAAAUUCAAGGAACCACUUCCUCUCGUGUGGCAAUAGAAAGAGCUUCAAAAUCUCAGCAAUCGAUCGCCAAUCUAACCGAGACGAUAUCAAAUUACUUGUAUACUUUCUCUCCGAAGGUAGAACGAAAUGAGCUGUUUGUGGUCCAUAGCAACUAUUAUACUUUUGCAAUGCGGUAAGUUAACAUCAUUGCAUUUGGUUUAACCGUAAAUCGGAGCGAAAUCAUUUCCUUCCAGAUCUUUUGUAUCUUAUAAAUGAAUAGAAGUGCCUUGCGCUGCACAAAAGCAAUCCGAGAGUUUGGAAGAAUACUCAAAUACAUAGGACAGAUAUUGAGUUACAACCUCUUAAGCUUCACUAGGAGUUGAUAGAAGUAUUUUCGUACCCAUAUGAGUAAUUAGUAAGGGUACGAUACAUGAAUUAUGGAAUGAGGAGUGAUUUGUGUCAAGUAAUGCCUUAGAAUUAUUUUGGGGAGACGUAACUUUUCAUCGUUUUUAUUUUUUUUUCUCAGUAAUAAAAGUGUUCAGCGAACCUAACAAAGGACACCAGAAUAACAACGCUUUGCAUGGUGACAGACACACAGGACAUCAAAUGAAUCUCCGCCACAGGACUCAUGGAAGACACAUUGCAUUGAAACAUAAAGCAGCAGCUGGUGCGCAGAGAGAAACUGUCCCAAGUCCUGUCCAAGACUUUGUUCUCGUCAGUGGUAGUCCUCUGUUUCACGAGCGAUCACCCGCUAGUGAUAGCAAAGCUAAUGCCACAACUGAUUCUGUACAAGAAGCAAAAGAUCAGAAAGUACCGCAGAUGACUCGAGGGAACAAAACGACUGCAAACCAGACACUCGCCAAGGCACAGGGACAAGAAACUCUAGCUAGCAAGCAAGAACCCAACGAGCAGCAAAAGCAAGAAUCAGGCGGUCUAACUGAUAACUCCGGAACUGCCGAAAGAAAUGGAAAUAGCACUCAAGAAUCAACAGAAUCGUCUAAGCCUUCCCCAGCAUUUGUCCAAGAAUUGGCAAAAAAGAUUAAAGAAAGUCUGAACAUAGGGAAGGAUGAAGGAAAGAAAGAAAAUGGGACACAAUCCAAUACCCCAGCAAUAUCCUUUACAUUAAAAACGCCUGGUAAAACUAAUGCGUCGAGCGGAGUAGUGAUUGGUUUAGAAAACAAACCAGCAGCUAGUGCCGAGCAAGGAAAACCCGUUGGUGAGAAUGCUUCCGCACAAGUUGUCAACAUUUCGCCCAGUAGCCAGAGUACUGACAUUUCAAGUCCUGGUAAUGACGGGAACAAAGGAAGCAAAACAACCACAACUACUGCUGCGGACGUGAAGCCUGAAGCACAAGAUAAGAAACCAAGCAAUGGAAAUUUUCCUUUCAACGUGCCUGGAGUUCGAAAUGCCGGAAAUGGGACAGUUGGCAACAAAGGAGUGGAUUCCAACAAUCAAAUAGCAGAGAAAGACAAGAAACUUGGGCUCCAGGAAGGCCUUGGGCCCAACUGUCACUGGAAGACUAUAAAGGGUGCCAAUGGUGCUUUAGUCACAUCAGUUGCAUGUUCAGGGGAAUUUCACAGACCUGAGGUUAGCAAAGGUGGCUCGGACGAAGCAGCUAAGAAGCCACAACCUGGCGAUGCUUCUAAAGUUGGUCCCAAAGAAAGUUCCACUCAACAGCCUACAGCUGUCAAUGCCUCCGUUUCUGAGACUGGCAAAAGCAACAAGGAGAUACAAACGCAAAGUAAGUGCAAACGAUAUUUAUUGCUCUAUCAAGAUAUUUUUAACGGCGAGGCUCAAUCUGUGAAAAAAGUUACCCCCGUACCAGAGUUUCUCGCAUACUAACAUUUUUGGAAAAGUCGUCUCCAGUAUAAACUGUCUAUAGAUCGGUAAAUGUAAAAUUUGAGCUAGCGCGAAAAGAGGGAGAGUUAAAAGCUUAAAUAUUUCAACCUUUACCUCUUUGGAGUGACCAAAAACUGAAAUUCAUUUCACAACAUCAAUGCAUCACGCACAAAAUCAUGCACCAAGCAGAAAGUUCAUAAGUGAUACAAAUAUCAUGAAGGGGAUAUUGUUUAAAUGACCAUCAUGAUAAUGAUGAUAAGGAAUGUAUGGAGAACAGUGUGGAGAAUCAAUAUUUAGAUCUUGGGAGUGAAAGGGUUGAAAAAAAAAAUAAAACGGCUUUAAGCGAGUAAUGUUACCGUCACGUUAUUAGGUGAUGAGGAGUUUGAAAUGGAAGCAGUUGGCACGACCAACGCGUUCCGUAAAAUACACCGCGCCCUUCCGAUUAAGCUCGACCCGAAGCUUAAUCUGGAAGCAAAGAAGUAUGCCGAAAAGAUUGCCGGAAUGGGCUCGCUUCAGCAUGACUACGAUGCCGUAAGACAAAGUGACGAAGGAGAGAAUUUGGCAAUGGGCUGUAAGGAGUAUGGAGUCCCUCUAACCGCCAAGGAGGCCAUAACAAACUGGUGAGAUCAAUACUGGGAAUUGGAAAACUUAUAUGCCCUUUUUUAUCGAUGGCAGACUCAUGUGUUAGAGUACUUUACCAAUGAUGGACGAAGUCUUGACAAGUAAACAUGGCCUGGUCACUUCAGAAUAAGCAAAAGUUCAGAGAAUUGUACUGAAUCGCGUUGAUAUCACUCACUACAAAAGUCUUCCCCAGCUGACUCAGAUAGUAAAGACAUUCAAACGAAGUCAAGAUGGCGAUUUUUAAGACAUAUCCAUACUACCAUCAAAUAACUAAUCUUCGACAUGUUUGAAGAAGACUGAGGGAAAACAAGGUUUCUAUCACGUUUAGUCCUUUUCCCUUCCAAGGAAAAAGUAUACAAGGCCAAGCCCGUAAAAAGUGUAACUUUUUCCCCAAAACAUAAUUUUAUACUUACGAAAAUGUCUUUGUUUGGCGAUGGUAAUUUACAAAGUAAAAAUUGAAAAAAAAAAAAAAAUGAAAACUAUGUAAUAUAUUUAUCUUUCACAUGAGAUUACCAGCAAGGCUAGAUUUUAGCCACCCGAUUCAGUGACAUUUUCCUUUUCAAAGCAUACGGAUUACUUGGUGUAAUCCAAGAAGAGUUUAAUUUGCCCUUUUAAUAAAAGGAGAUGUAUAAGGGAAAUGCUCCUCGCAUGCCCUUAUGUGACUUCAACAUGUACUAGUAGUGAACCUGUAUGCGUGUGCCUAUGUGAGUUAAUUCCUCAAGACAGAGUUGUUUCUUUUUUUCCCUAUUUAGGUAUAAUGAGGUGUGCUCUUACGACUUUGACCGAGGAGAGUUCAGUAUGUCUUCAGGUCAUUUCACGCAGGUUGUCUGGGCUGAUAGUCAUGAAUUCGGGAUUGGAAAGGCAGCUGGGUACCAGAACGGAAUGCCGUGCGUUUUCGUUGUGGGACGCUUCAAGCCCUCUGGAAAUUACAAGGGAGAGUACAGGAGGAACGUCUUCAAAGGAACAUUUGAUCCAAGUUAUUGCGAUAAAUUACGAGAUAAAAAGCUUCUGUAGGACACGUUGGUACCUAAAAGUUAAAGAAAAGUGCAGACACUAUAAUGUGUCUCAUUUGAGAAAGAGCAACAGACUAUUAUAAUGUUUUGAGAUAACUCAAAGUAAAGUUAAAGUAAAGUAAGGUGAGAACCUCGUAUAUGAGGGCUGUCAAAGCCUCACAAUGAUGAAAAACCAGUAAUAAUGAACGAACUCUUUUAUUCUGGUUUUCAUUCAUAUUAAGACUAGGUUAUAAAGUGUAAGUAUGCUAAUAAAGAUAUUUUCCGUUAACAGUCUGUACCAGCUAGCGAGUGAAGAUUUUCAUUAACAGUAGUUACUAGUUACAAAUUGGUAAUCAAGUCAGAUUUGGAGAAAUUAAAGAAGUCGUUUUUGGUCUUAAACGAGCUUCAGACAAAGAAGGAAAUUUUAGUCCUUACGAGGAGAUGAACUGCAGAACUAUAUAUUCCGCACCCCGAUGCUUUACUAUCGAACAACAAAGGCUUUCUAUGAAGAACUGGGCUGUUAAUAACUAGGUUUAUAUAUGUGGCAGGCGUCGUGCCUACUGCUAGGAUCACCAAGUGUCGAAAGCAUCGUGAGCCU